CCCUCCUCUCUUAUAUUAAACUUCAGAAACUCAGCACGCUCACUGGGUAGUUGCUCUCCCUCUCUCUCUCUCUCUCUCCCUCCCUCCCUCCUUCUCUCUCUAGGAGCGAGAGCAGCAAGAGCAAUGCUUCUGUUUCUACUGUUCCUCCUAUGGCCGCAAAUGGUACUUUCUCUGAACCAAGAAGGUCUCUAUCUGCAGCGAGUCAAACUCGGGCUAGACGACCCGGACGGAGCGCUGGCCUCCUGGAACGAGCGGGACGACACCCCGUGCGGGUGGGUCGGAGUGGGUUGCCACUCGGGAACUGGGUCUGUUCACUCGCUCGACCUUUCCAGCGCCAACGUCUACGGACCCUUCCCCUCCAUUCUCUGCCGGCUGGAUAACCUCACCUCUGUUUCUCUCUACAAUAACUCCAUCAAUUCUACGCUUCCGACUGAUAUCUCCGACUGCCGGAGUCUAGAGCACCUUGAUCUCGCUGAGAAUCUUCUUACCGGAACGCUGCCUCACACUCUGGCUGACCUCCCUAACCUUCGAUACCUCGACCUCAGCGGGAACAACUUUUCCGGCAACAUUCCGGCGAGUUUCGGCCAUUUCCCUCGGCUGGAGACGCUCUCUCUUGUUUAUAAUCUCUUGAAUGGGCCUGUUCCGGCAUUUCUAGGGAGCAUUUCAACUCUCAAGCAGUUGAACCUCUCCUUCAAUCCGUUUAUUCCGAGCCCAUUCCCGCCGGAACUCGGUAACCUGACGAACCUCGAGAUUCUCUGGCUCAGCGGGUGUAAUCUGGUGGGUCGGAUUCCUGAUACUCUGGGCAGGCUCAAGUCGCUCAUUGAUUUUGAUGUGGCCUGGAACAAUCUGCAUGGUCCGAUUCCGAGCUCUCUUACUGAGUUGUCGACUGUAGUCCAGGUUGAGCUGUACAACAACUCGUUGUCCGGUGAGUUGCCGGCCGGAAUGUCCAAAAUGAAGGCAUUGAGAUUGUUUGACGCGUCGAUGAACCAAUUGGAGGGAAGCAUUCCCGACGAGCUCUGCCAAUUACCUCUCGAAUCGCUUAACCUUUAUGAGAAUCGAUUUGUUGGAAAGUUGCCAGAGAGUAUCGCAAAGUCGCCCAAUCUGUAUGAGCUCAAAUUGUUCGGAAACCAACUUAAUGGAGAGUUACCGAAGGAUCUCGGAAAGAAUUCACCAUUGUUGGUGCUCGAUGUUGCAAACAACAUGUUCUCCGGAGAAAUCCCGGAAAAUUUGUGUGAAAAUGGUGUCUUAGAAGAUCUUGUGCUCAUUUUCAAUUCGUUUUCUGGUCAACUGCCGUCUAGUUUGGGGCGGUGUCAUAGUUUAAACCGAGUAAGAUUAAGGAGCAACCGUCUCUCCGGUGAGGUUCCAGCGGAAUUCUGGGGUCUUCCUCAUGUUUACCUGUUAGAGCUUAUUGAGAAUUCGUUUACGGGUGAAAUCCCUGCAACAAUCGGCGGUGCGUCUAACCUCUCUCUUCUGCUGAUAUCGAAGAACAACUUUACCGGAAAAAUACCGGAGGAGGUAGGCCGGCUGAAAAAUCUUGUUGAUUUCUCGGGAAGCGAUAAUCAACUUAGCGGUCCGCUUCCCACCGGUAUAGUCAAUCUUGGGCAGCUGGGAAGGCUCGAUCUUCACAACAAUGAGUUGUCCGGAGACAUUCCGGUUGGAAUUCAUUUUUGGAAGAAGCUGAAUGAGCUAAAUUUAGCCAACAAUGAGCUCUCUGGUAAAAUCCCAGAAGAGCUUGGGAGCCUAAGUUCACUCAAUUACCUAGAUCUGUCGAAGAAUCACUUUUUCGGUGAAAUCCCACUCCAAUUACAGAAUUUGAAGCUCAAUCAGCUCAAUUUGUCUUACAAUCAACUUUCGGGGGACAUCCCUCCUUUCUUUGCGAAAGGAAUGUACAGGAAUAGCUUUUUGGAAAAUCCUGGUUUGUGUGGAGACUUGGAUGGUUUGUGCGAUGGCAAUGGUGAGUCCAAGAACCAGGGAUACGUAUGGUUGCUUCGCUCAAUCUUCAUACUUGCUGGAUUGGUAUUUAUUGUGGGUGUGGUUUGGUUCUACUGGAGGUACAGGAGUUUCAAGAAAGCCAAGAGAGCUAUAGACAAGUCGAAGUGGACUUUAAUGUCAUUUCAUAAACUGGGUUUUAGUGAAUUUGAGAUUUUGGAUUGCCUUGAUGAAGAUAAUGUGAUAGGGAGUGGAUCUUCAGGGAAAGUGUACAAAGCUGUGCUUAGCAAUGGGGAGGCUGUUGCAGUGAAGAAGCUGUGGGGAAGAUCAAAACUGGUGGAAGAGAGUGGUGAUAUCGAACAAGGUCAGAUUCAAGAUGAUGGGUUUGAAGCAGAGGUUAAGACCUUGGGAAAGAUCCGGCAUAAGAAUAUUGUGAAGUUAUGGUGUUGUUGCACAACUAAGGAUUGCAAGCUUCUGGUCUAUGAGUACAUGCCCAAUGGUAGCUUGGGUGAUUUGUUGCACAGCAGCAAAGGGGGCUUACUGGAUUGGCCUACUAGGUAUAAGGUAGUCGUGGAUGCUGCGGAGGGGCUUUCUUAUUUGCAUCACGAUUGUGUUCCUGCAAUUGUGCACAGAGAUGUGAAAUCUAACAAUAUCUUGCUGGAUGGAGAUUUUGGAGCUCGAGUUGCAGAUUUUGGAGUAGCCAAGGUGGUUGAUGCCACUGGAAAGGGACCUAAAUCUAUGUCCCUCAUUGUGGGUUCUCGUGGUUACAUUGCUCCAGAAUAUGCUUACACGCUUCGGGUAAACGAGAAGAGUGACAUUUAUAGCUUUGGUGUGGUAAUUCUUGAGCUGGUCACAGGGAGACUCCCAGUUGAUCCUGAGUUUGGCGAGAAAGACUUGGUGAAGUGGGUCUGCACCACUUUGGACCAGAAGGGAGUGGACAAUGUAUUGGACCCCAAACUCAAUUCUUGUUUCAAGGAUGAAAUUCGCAAGGUCCUCAACAUUGGCCUGCUCUGCACCAGUCCCCUCCCCAUCAAUCGCCCCUCCAUGAGAAGGGUAGUCAAAAUGCUGCAGGAAGUAGGCGCCGAACACCAAACAAAGACUGCAAAGAAAGACGGGAAAUUGUCCCCCUACUACUAUGAAGAUGCAUCUGAUCACGGAAGCGUAGCCUGAAAGAGUUCAUUUCCCAUAUAUAUUGCAAAGAUGGAUACUGAAACGGAGAGGAGGAGCAAGCUGCUCCCUCUUCUGGUUUUUCAAUUUUCUCAGAAACCCGCUUGUGUUUGCUUUAAUGUGGGGAAGAAACGGGGAAUUGGUGGUAAAUUUUUCAAGGGAAGGGCAGAGAGGGAAAGGAAAUCUAUUUACUCUACAUUGUAAAAAUUAACAUUUAUGAAAGUUCUUCUACCAAAUUUGAGUGAAGUUACUGCCACUAAGAUUU